CAAACAUGGCGGCCGGAGGCAGCUGACUGAGAAGAGACGCUGGAUAUCCUCCCAAUACCUUUAUUUAUUCUUUUUUUAAUCACCGAGUAACACUUAAAAGUCAUCUCGUCUCGACGUCAACAUGGAGCCCGCCCCGUUUCCAGAAGAGGCCUCUGAGAGACAAGUGUGCGUUGUCGGCUCGGAGCUGGUGGAAAACUACACUGUCUAUAUCAUCGAUGUAACAGAUGGGCAGCACAGAUGGACCGUGAAACAUCGUUACAGUGACUUUCAUGACCUCCAUGAGAAGCUAACAGCAGAGAAAAAAGUCGACCGGGGGCUUCUUCCUCCCAAGAAGAUUUUGGGAAAGAACUCGAAGAGUUUGGUGGAGCGGCGGCAGAAAGAGCUGGAACUCUACCUACAAACACUUCUUCAGCAGUUUCCACAGGCCACACCCACACCGCUCGCCAAUUUUCUGCACUUUUACCUCUAUGAGAUUAAUGGCAUCACUGCAGCUCUGGCUGAGGAGUUGUUUCAUAAAGGUGAGCAGCUGCUGCAAGCCGGAGAGGUGUUUUCCCUUCGUCCUCUGCAGCUGUACUCCGUCACCCAGCAGCUGCGGCUGGCCAAACCCACCUGCUGCAACGGAGACGCCAAAACCGACCUGGGACACAUCCUCGACUUCACCUGCAGGCUCCGAUAUCUAAAGAUAUCUGGUACCAGGGGACCAGUCGGAACCAGUAACAUCCAGGAGAGCACCCUGCCCUUUGACCUGUCUUUUUUUAAAUCCCUGCUGCAAAUAGAGAUCAGUGAGUGCAGCUCUCAUCAGAUUCAAGGUUUGCCGUCACUGAGGUCGAGUCUGGCAACUCUGAGCAUCCAUCGCUCCACGGAAACUAUGAUGUCGGUUCUGGUCCCGGAAGCAAGCGAGUUCUCUCAGUGGGAACCGGAGGGGGUGGAGUCCGGAUGUCCUGUGACUGCUGUGAUCCCGGUGUGGAGAAACCUGACCACGCUGGACAUGAGCCACAACUGCAUCAGCACCAUCGACGGCUCCGUGAAACUGAUUCCUAAGGUGGAGUUUUUGGACCUGAGCUACAACCAGCUGUCCUCUGUGGAAAACCUCCAGCACCUCUACAACCUGGUCCAUGUGGAUCUGUCCUACAACAGUCUCCGGGCCCUGGAAGCCGCUCACACUCGCCUGGGAAACAUCAAAACGCUGAGCCUGGCCGGUAACCAGCUGGACCGACUGACCGGUCUCACCAAGCUCUACUCUCUCGUCAAUCUGGACCUGAGCCACAACCAGCUGAGCCAGUUGGAGGAAAUCAAGAACAUCGGCUCCUUGCCCUGCCUGGAGAAGCUCAACCUGUCCAGUAACCCCAUGUGCAUCAUCCCAGACUACAGAACCAAAGUCCUGGCCCAGUUUGGAGACCGUGCAGCUGAGGUUUGCCUGGACAGUAAAGUGACUACAGAGAAGGAGCUGGACACAGUGGAAGUGUUAAAAGCCAUUCAGAAAGCCAAAGAAGUGAAAGACAGGAUGAGCAGCAGCGACAAGAAGAUCAGUGAGGAGACCAGGCUGUCUGCUGCCGCACCUCCUCACCUCUCCUCCUCCCCCUCCUCCUCUCCUCUCUCCGCCUCCUCUCCCUCCUUCCUCUGCUCCUCUGCCGCUGUUCCUGCUGCUGUCAAAUCCUCUUCCUCCUCUUCCUCCUCUUCUUCCUGUCCGGCCCAGCAGGCUGCCUGCCCCAGCCAAGAGGUGACAAGCAGAGAAGAAGCCCCCGUUCCCCCCAGUCUCCUCCCUCCUGUGGACGCCGCCCCGCCCCCUGCAAACUUUAAUGCCAACUCCCACCUCCUGUCUGCAGACCCCACCCAGGUUUAUCAACCUACUGUCCAACCGCCCAUCCACACACACCCUGGAGCUCCCACAAGUACAACCACUACUGCUUCUGUAGCCGCUGUCUGCUGCGUCUGCUCCUCCUCCUCCUCCUCCAGACCGUUUGAAGCCAGCUGUCGGUCCUGCAGCGCUGCCCGGUGUCCUCUGCUCCCCCCUCACCUACUUUCCUUGUCCUCCUCCAAUAAAGACUUCAUUACCCAGCUCUCCCAGCGCCUGGGCUCCACGCUAGCAGAGCAGAAGAUGAGGGAGGAGGAGGAGGAGAAUGAGAACAGAGAGAGGGAGGAAGGGCAGAAUGGCUCUGAGUCCAGACAGGUUCAGUCUCCUGUAGAGGGCACUGAAGUGAGCAGUCCCAGUCCGAGCUCCAGAGACGGUUACUUUGAGAUGAGUCUGGAUAACUCUGCGGAGGAGUUGGUUGGCUCCUCCUCCUCCUCGUCCUCCACGCCGCUCCCGCCUCCUGCUGCCGAGGAGCCCGGCGGCCGUCAGGAGGAGCAGAGUGAGCGGGAGGAAGAGAAGGAGAUUGGGAUCAGCAGAGUUCUGUGGUGCUGCUGUGUUCAGGUAGACGAGGAGGUGGAGCAGAGGGAGGCGUGUCUGGUGCUGACUGACCGCCUGCUGGGCCUCCUCUAUUUGUCACCUGAUUUCACGAAGACCAGUCUGGACGCAGGCCAGGAGCAGAGUCCAGCUGUGGAGGCGGUGCUGUCCAGCCUCCAGGUGGACUUCCUGCUGCCCUACUCCCGGAUCCUGCUCUCCUGCCAAGCCGAACUCCCCGACUGCUGCCUGGCUCUGAAGCUCCAGGGCAGGUCGACCCGCUGGUUCAUCUUCUCCAAUGCAGAGCAGCUCCGAAGGACGAGAACCGAGCUGACAGCUCUGCUCCAGGUGACUCACUCAGACCCGGAGCUCUCCAGCACUCCUCAGCUCCUUCCUCCAUCGCUCCUCAACUCCUGGGAGCUGGAGGAGAGCCAGGCAGCCCAGGGAGGCUACACCGCCUACCUGCACCCCUCAUCCUCCUCCACGUCUUCCUCCUCUGCUCCCAGCUCACACCUGCGCCUUCUCGACGCCUUACCGGAGGAGCCGUUACUCCCGUCACUGCUCUUCCUCACUCACAAACACCUCUGGGUGUUGAGGAUGGAGCUCAGAGAGCUGCUGGAGAAGGAGGGGAGCGGCGCUGGCCUGCAGAACUGCUCCUCCUGGUGCAGACUCGUCCGUGUUCCCCUCGGCUCCGUGGUGCUUCACCCCGGGGAGAGAGACCCUCGGGUCGGGGACAGAAACGGCAACACUUCAUCAUGUUCUGACCCACAACACAGCCGCAGGAGGAGUCACUCUUUGGAGCUGCUGCUUGGCGAUGAGAAGCUGCUGACGCUCUUCCCUCUGGCUCCGGACAGGAGCGCCUUUCUGCUGGAGCUGAGCCAGCGGAGGGCCUCGCUGGACUGGCUGAAGGUGGUGGCGUUACCGCGGCCCUGCAGGCCGUGUCCGCAUCAAGGCUGCUUCAGAAACAAGGAUCAGUGUUGUUGUUCCAGAACCAGAAAGUCUCACAGCUCCAACAGUUGGGACUCCUGUCGUCUCCAGGUGGAAGAGAACCAGCCGUCCCCCCACCUGAUCCCGGGCCUCACUCCAGGCCUGAAGCUCCUGGCUGGACUCGGAGAAGCUCAGCUGCUGACCUACUUCCACAGAUAUAUCGCUCUGUCUGAGGCGGAGGAGAUCAAGCAGGUCCUGUGGCUGUCCGUGGUUCUCUACAAAUCUCCAGAGGCCGAACUGACCUGCUGUCUGCUGCUCUCCACCGACUCCAUUUACUUCCUGCUGGAGGACUCUGCCGCCGCGCUCGGCCAUCACUCAGUGUUGGACAUAUCUGACCCUGGAGAUGCAGACACGGCUCUGUGCUGCUGUCUGUCCAUCAGACUGUCGGAGCUGCUGGCCGUCAACGUGGGACUGUUCGACCAGUACUUCAGAGUUGUCGGGCGCUCGGCCGAACACAUCGUCUGCUGCCUCAGCAGGGACAGCUACGGCACGGGCGUCUUCCUGCAGGAGCUGAUGUCGGCCCUCAGCCUGCAGCAGCAGCUUCCGCCUCCGGAGCCGUCGGAUCAGGACUUCUACUCUCAGUUUACCAGCACAAACACAGGAAAGAUGCAAAACUACGAGCUGGUCCACAGCAGCAAGGUGAAGUUCAUUUACCCCAGUGAGGAGGAGAUGGGAGACCUGACCUUCAUCGUGGCAGAGAGGAAGACUCCUGCCAGCGCGGCGUCCUCGUCCUCGCGCUCUUUCAACGUCCUGCUGUACCUGCUGGUCUUCCAGGUCCAGGCCUCCAGCGGCCAGGCCGGCCAGAGCUCCUCCCUCUCAGGCUCCUCCUCCUCCUCUGGUCCUGGCUCGGCCUCAUCUCCUGUCCUCCAGCCCCGGACCCUCAUCCUCACCAGCACCGACGUCUUCCUGUUGGACGAGGACUACGUCAGCUACCCACUGCCCGACUUCGCCAAAGAGCCUCCGUCCAGGGAGCGCUAUCAGCUGCGGGAGGCUCGGAGGAUCCGGGACCUGGACCGGGUCCUGCUGGGCUACCAGACCUACCCCCAGGCUCUGACCCUGGUGUUCGACGACCUGCCCGGCCCCGACCUGCUCUGCCACCUCACCAUGGACCACUUUGCCGCCGGCGGGGCGGAGGCCCCGCCCAGAGGGGGCGGGGCCGGCCGGGGGGCCGAGGGCGAGGUGCAGUGGUGCGUGUUUGUCCCGGGAGCCGACAGCAGGGAGAGACUGAUCUCGCUCCUGGCUCGACAGUGGGAGGCGCUGUGCAGCCGGGAGCUUCCCGUGGAGCUCACCGGCUGACCGACGGACGGGUGGAGCUCUGGGAGCUGAUUGGUCAGCACGGCGGGCUCGUUACCGAGACGACACCCAGGUGAUUCCAGGGUUCAACUGGUUAAAGGCCUCAGUGUGCUUCAAAAGCAGCAGCGGUUCUGAAUGUUCACCAAGUGCACGGCUUCUAGAAAAGGCUUGAAACAUCAAGUCGUGAGGUGUGUAGAAUUUAAAGGGCUUCCUGGUGAGAAAGAAAAACACAUUUAUAUAGAUCAUUUUUUCGAUAUUAUCAUUUGUUGGUGUUUUUCCUUGUAAUGAGUGAGGCCCAAGCCGAGUCCUCAGUUUACCGAAAAGGAGCCAAGUUCAUGAGAUAUUAAUGGUUUCUCCACUCAGGAGGACUUCUCAGUUUCCCUCCUUUUUGUGUGUAUCAGUUUCUUAUUUUCACACUGGGAUAGCUGUUAUUUGGUCCUGAAUGUGUGCUCACCUUCACCUCCUGGGUCAGUCACACGGCUGCUUAUUGGCUCAGCUUUCUUACGAAACACAGUCUCUCCUUAGAUCUGGGAAUAGUCGUGGAAUUAUGCCACUUUCAUGUUGCAUUAAUCAUGUUUCAGCAUGAAAAACACAAACGAUCUCGUUUACAGAGCAGGCUGCAGUGACUUUUUACUUCAGAAAUGUUAUAAUACAUAUUACACUCCUUACACUAUCUUAAAGAUGUAAUUUUUUUUUCACACCACUUUUUUUUUUUAAGGAAGUCAGUGAUUUUGUUUUCUAUGUUGCUUCUGUUAUUAUUGCUGCAGCCACAAGAGGGCGAAAUUAACCUGCUCUCCUGGUUUCAGUGUGUGCAGCUGAGUUGCAUUGAGGAACUCUGACGGUUUCACAGCUGAUUUCUUGCGUGCACAUGUCAUAUUAUGUGUGUGUGUUAAAUUAUUGGUGAUUAGUGACGGAUCCGCUGCUCCAAAGCAAAUAGUUGGAUACUGGGUGACAGAUAAACGACCCAACCAGCACGUUGAAGCAUACUGAGGCCUCGGGUCGACCUGUCCACCGGCUGGAGGGAUUCGGUUCUGCUGGCUCCGCUGCAGAGCUUUUAAAGGGACCCGAGGAUCCAGAGAGCGCCGUGAACAGAGCAGGCCUGUGACCUGAUCGCAGCCAAAACUGUGAGGAUUUCUGCGACGACUUAAUUACUUUUAAAGCAUCAGGAAGCUGGAUUAGGAGCCUGCCUGGCGUUGCACAGCAGGGGGCGCUGCAGACAGUCCACAGGAGUUCAAAAGGAUUUCUUAUUUUGUUUUUUUGAGGAGCAGUUUGUCACUUCAGGUAAAUUAUCUUCUCCAGAGUCAGACGAGAGGAGGUCCUAACUCAGCACAAAUCCAGGAAACGGGCGAGCAGCGAGCUCAGCCCGUCCAGACAAACACCCACCUUUAAAGCUCCAAAGUCGUUUUGAUUUAUCGCUGUUAUUUAUGAGAAGUUGCUUUAAAACCAAAAACCUCUGGGUUGUGUUUCCCCGUGUGUUCGGUGUGACUCUGGGCAGACGAUGAGAAGCAGCACACACACACCUGAGCUGCUGGGCACACACUGCUCUCCCAACAUUUUAAUUCUUGCACAUUAAAGUGAUAGAAGCAGUAUUAUUGAACUGUACAUGGAAGCUUUUUAUUAGUAUUAUAUGAAUAUACUUGUUGCUUUGGGACAGGCGGGUGUUUUCCAUCCGGAAGCUGAUUUUGUACUAAACAAUGAGGACGUUUCCAUCAUGUAAUAUCAUCAAUUGUUCAUAUUUUUUUUAUAUUUUCUUUGAGUUUUAAUAUGUUUUUGUACAUUAUUAUUGUUGACUGGUGUUGGACUCUCUCUACCCCUCACCACCGUCGUUUACAUUACAUCUUGUUGUCUUGUUGAAGGGGAAUGCCACUAAAUAAAGUGAAAUUAAAAA